GAAUCUUGGGUCCUCGGCGGUCGAGACUCGAACUCGCUCCCCGUCCGAUGCUAUGAUUGACCUCUCUCUCGUGUACUUCCUGCGGGGCCUUUACGAAGCCCGUCGAGCUCGUCGUGCAGGAUUCUGCGAUCGACUGCCAGUAAUAAGAUCCUCGAUCGCGGACGGGACGAGGCAGGGGAGGGGAGGGUUGGGUGGAGUUGCCUGUUUCUUGACGCCGGACAACUCGUAGAACUCGGAUCGAUGUCGCUGAACCGUGAACUUUGAAUGAGAUAGUGCCCUUUGGUGCGUUGGCAAUUUUCCCGAUGGCUACCAGGACCACGUCUGUGAUGCCCCCUCGAUCUGCAGCUGUAACUAAAGGUUACAGUUUCGCAUCCACAUGGGAGCAGAAUGCGCCACUUACAGAGCAGCAGCUUGCUGCAAUUAAUGCCCUCGCUCAUGCCGCAGCUGAGCAUCCAAUGCCGUCUCAUGUGGUCAGAGAUGUGCCAAUUGUCAAAGACCAGGAUACUCCAAAUGGUGCAAGCGACUUGCCAGAGCAGUUGACAGAGCUUGUUUUACUGAACAGCCACCAGUUUUACAAGUGGCAUAAAGACUUGGAAGCUGCGAUGAAGUCAGAGACCGAGGAGAAGUACAGACAAUACGUGAACUCUCUCACUGGAGCUCUUCAAAUCUGUGAUACAACACUUGGUCAACUGGAUAGCACUCUAUCUCGAUUCGAUGACUUGCAAGAACAGCACCAAGCUGUUGCCACGAAAACGAAAACACUUCAUGAUGCCUGUGAGAGACUGGUCAUGGAAAAGGAGAGGUUGGUGGAGUUUGCUGAUGCUCUAAGGAACAAGCUGAACUUCUUCGAUGAGCUGGAGAACAUUGCAACGCAAUUUUAUGCCCCGACUAUGAGUGUUGCGAGUGGGCAGUUCCUUCCGUUAUUGAAGCGGUUGGAUGAAUGUCUCUCAUAUGUAGGCAACAAUCCUCAGUACGCAGACUCGGCUGUGUAUCUCGUCAAAUUUAGACAGAUACAGUCUCGAGCUUUGGGAAUGGUUCGGACUCAUGUUCUCGCUGUCUUGAGAAGUGCUUCAGUUCAGGUUCAAACAGCUAUAAAGGACAGUUUCGGUGGGAAUGGUAGAACAUCACUAUCCGAAGGUGCAGAAACAUCAGUACUGUACGUGAGGUUCAAGGCUGCAGCUAGCGAGCUGAAAAUAAUCAUGGAGGAGCUAGAGAGUAGAGGUUCGCGCAAGGAGUACGCUCAAGUUCUUACAGAUUGCCACACACUCUACUGUGAGCAGCGUUUGUCACUUGUGCAAGGAGUAGUAUCUCAGCGUUUAUCUGAGUAUGCUAAAAAGGAAGCGUUGCCCUCUUUAACCAGAUCUGGUUGUGCAUACCUCAUGCAGGUAUGCCAGCUUGAACACCAGUUAUUUGAUCACUUUUUUCCAACAUCUUCAGCCGAGGCUGCGACUCUCGCCCCUCUUGUAGAUCCUCUGUGCACCGCGCUUUAUGACACUCUACGGCCAAGGAUGAUACAUGAAGCUGAUCUUGAUCUCCUUUGCGAGCUUAUUGAUAUAUUAAAGGGCGAGGUUCUAGAUGAACAAAUAGGUCGGAGAGGGGAGUCUGUAGCUGGUCUUCGUCCAACCAUAUUAAGAAUUCUUGGUGAUGUGCAAGAAAGACUUACUUUUCGAGCGCAGACAUAUAUGCGUGACGAGAUUGCUAAUUAUCUACCGACUACGGAGGAUCUUGAUUACCCUGCGAAGUUGGAAAACGCAGCAGAGACCGGAGGAUCUGAGGAUGACGAUGGGAGAGAAGCACUCUCGGUCUGGUAUCCUCCUCUCGAGAAAACUUUGUCAGUACUUUCUAAACUGUAUCGCUGCAUCGAGCCUGCGAUCUUUACAGGUCUUGCCCAGGAUGCGGUUGGAGUUUGCUCUAUAUCAAUUCAGCGCUCAAGCAGGCUUAUAGCAAAAAGGGCAUCUCCCAUGGAUGGGCAACUAUUUCUGAUCAAGCACUUACUCGUACUUCGAGAACAGAUUGCACCUUUCGACAUUGAGUUCUCGGUAACGCACAAGGAAUUGGACUUCACGCAUUUGCUUGAACAUCUUCGCCGAUUCUUUAGGGGACAAGGCCAUGUAUUUGACUUCACAAGCAGGAGUGCUUUGGCUCGUACUUUCACACCUCGUGUUUUAGAGAAUCAAGUUGAUGCUAAGAAGGAGCUAGAAAAGAAUCUAAAACUUACGUGUGAGCAAUUUAUAAUGUCGGUGACCAAACUUGCUGUUGAACCCAUGUUGUCUUUCAUCACCAAGGUUACAGCUCUGAAAGCCUCUAUGACAGCAAGUGCUAGAAUUCGAGCCACAGAUUCCGAAGAGCCGAAGGCAUUGAAAGAACAAGCAUUUGCAACUCCUGAGAAGGUUGCAGAGAUGAUCUCAAAGGUUAAUGAAACGUUGAAGGAUGUUUUACCUGGAGUGGUGAUCAAGAUGAAACUCUAUCUUGAAAACUCUUCCACUCGUUCUAUCCUCUUCAAACCUAUCAAGUCUAACAUUGUCGAGGCCCAUGGACAAGUUUUAGGAAUAGUAGAAACUGAAUAUACGUCAGAGGAUGCAGAAAGUCUUCAUCUCACAAAAAUUUCUGAUCUGCAAGCCUACUUAGAUGAACUUUGCUGAGUUAAUCUUGUAGAAUCUGUACCUGUGCAAGACUUUUGCGGCCUUUCCAAGCAGGUUCCACCAUAUUUUCAUCACGUUAUAGUGGGAGGUCACACAUAUUUUGUUUCUAGGUAUGUUUUCUCUCCAAGGGCGAAAGAUUAUUGGGAGAACUUAGCUGGACUUGGCCCGGAUUAGAUACCUCUAUGUGUCUCAAGAGGUUUGUAAAUAGUGACUAGGUUGGGAAUGUCAGCCUUUACUGUCAAGAAAAGCAGUUUCUACUGAAUACACGUCGUAGGAGUUGAAAGCUUUAGGGAUUAGGACUAUUUAUUGAUGGGUUGAUUACUCGAUCAUCCGUCCCAUAGUACAUAGCCGUAUAGCAGAGGCGUAGGUACCUUCGAGAUUUAUUGGCAAGUUGAUCAUUUUGUAACAGACGUUGAGGAGUUUGAAGAGACGGAGAGUAGAAUUGAAGAGCUUAAAAGAUAUCAGUGUUAGAAAUUAGCUGCUUUUUACUGCUGUAUACCAAAUUCAUCUCUGUCAUAAGAAUCUGUCAUUAUCGGAACAGAGAUUAUUUUGCUGGUAUUCAAAGGCAGACUUGAAGCAAAGCAUUUUGGGUCCCCAUCGGACAUCUUAGUUGACGUUCCAUUCUCCCAAAUCCUUUGUUUAUGUUAGUGAGUACAGCGUGUGGUCAUGUCUUGAGUGUCUCGUCGGACGAUAUUAUAUAUCGAUUUUAAACUUGAGAUAAUGUACUUUUUGUGAC